GCGGGGUGCCAAAUACCGAAGAAAUCGAAUUUUUCGAUUAUUCUUUCCGACGGUUGCACCCGCCAGUCAUGGAUGACCUCCAUGUCAGCGUCCAGCCAGCAGUCACCAAGUCGCCACCCACACGCUCGACGAAGAUGCCUCGUCGUCCCAGUGCUUCUAUCCCCAUCGUCGCCGUGCUGACAGACCCCCACAUGGUGCGGCUUGUCGCGAGUUUCGCCUCGGGUGUGCCUUGGGAACUGUACACGUACAUUCAAACCACGUACCAGACGGCAGUGACGACGCUGAGCGCACUGGACUUCGCGGCGUCCAAGGGCGAGUUGAACCUCGUGCAAGUGUGUCAUGCUCGCCGGUCCAGUCAAGUCGUGACUUGUGCUGGGAUGGACGCGGCCGCGUCGAACGGGCACUUGGACAUGGUGGAGUGGCUCCACCGCCACACGCAUACCCCGUGUUCUGUAUGGGCAAUGAACGGGGCUGCAAAACGAGGGCAUUUGAAGGUAGUGCAAUUCUUACACGAACACCGCAACGAAGGGUGCACCGUGUUUGCCAUGCAUAACGCCGUGGUGCAAAAGCACAUGGCGAUCGUCGGCUAUUUGCAAUCGAAUCGGUCCGAGGGCUGCACCUCGUACACGCUGGUUCGCGCGGCGCAACUGGGGUACAUACAACGUACCUGUACUUGGCAUAUUUUUCACGUGUAAUUUUGGGCAGGUUCUUGGACGUGGUCGAGUUUUUGUUUGCAAACGAACGACAAGGCACGAGCGGACGACAAGCGUUUGACUUGGCCGCGACGAACGGACAUUUCGAAGUUGUGAGAUUUCUCCACGCCCACAGCACCCAAGGCUGCACCACGCAAGCGAUGGAUGGCGCGGCACAGAAUGGACAUUUCAACAUUGUGAAAUUCCUACACAUGCACCGCACCGAAGGCGGGACGGCGAUGGGUCGAGCCCGCGCCGAAGCCAACGGACAUGCAGAGAUCGCGGCGUACCUCAAGCAGCAUCUGCCGCCUGCUUGAAGAUAAUAACUAGCGUACUAUUUAUCAAGUGCAGUUGAAUGACGAGCUGUAAGGCAAGCAAUGGCGUAAAUGACGAG